AGCAGUUGGCUUGUUACAAAUUGUUCUUUCACAAAACUUUCUGCAGAUAUUUCCUUCCUUAUCUGUAAGCAAAGAGCCUGAUACUUAUACAUAUGUCCAAUUCUAGGAUUUGGGAUGACUCCUUCGAAGAUCUGUGGAACGCGAUGAACAGCCACAACGAUGCCACGGACGUCACUGGCCAUACACGUGUCACUGAAAGCGGAAUCACCAGUUCCCCACCUAUGGCGUCCAGCAGCAGCAUCAAUCACGCACAGCCCAGUAUAAGUCGCGCUGGCAUGGAGGAAGCAUCGACCGUUCCGGAAAACAUUGCUAGCAUUUCUGACGACGCCUGGCUUUACCAAUGGAACACUCAGCAGAGGCCAAUAACCGACGGGACUUACAACGUCGACGGUGUCACUGACAAGGGUAACACGAGUUACCUGCCCCUGGGGUCCAGCACCAGCAUUGAUCACGCAAUGUCCAUCACAAGCCGCACAGGCAUGGAGCAAGCACCUGCCAUUACAGAAGGCGGCGCCAGAAUUCCUGAGACAACCCGUGUUGACCAAUGGAACACGCAGUAUCACCUGGCUGAUAGCACAUCUACCGACUGCGGGCAUACAGGCCACACAGAAACCGGAAGCAUGGGUUUCACACUUCCGGUCUGCAGCAGCAGCCCAGUGGCCAGUACAAGCUACGCGCGCCUGCAGGAACCAUCGGACAUCUUCGGGAACUACGCUUGGAAUGCUACUGGAACAGGAGGGAGGGAACAGCAAGAGUUGUCCGGUGCAUGUUUCAAUGCUUCCAGCAGACAGGAUGCCUUACACGGGCACACCAAGGAACACACGGGCGAUACAGCCUACACUUGCAAAGCAAGUUAUUCUGUGAAUAAUUCAGUGAAACACUGCCGGAAUACAACAGGCACAAACCACAAAUGCGCAACCUGCGGCAAAAUGUUCCACCGGGCUAGACUCCUUGCUACACAUUACCGCACGCACACAAACGAGAGACCUUACAAAUGCGAAAUAUGUGAUAAAUCGUUUCGGCAAUCUCAUCACCGGGAUAACCACAAACGUACACAUACAGGCGAGAGGCCGUACACUUGCAAAACAUGUGGUAAAUCAUUCGCGCACUCGUGGAAUCUCCGUACGCACAUCUACACUCACACAGACGAGAAACCCCAUCUCUGUCAGAAGUGUUCUAAACCAUUCAGAACCAAAAAAAACCUCAAACAUCAUCACAACUUGUGUUGUGGGGGACAGAGCUUUCGUUUGCGAAAUAUGUAAUUCAUCCUUCAAGAACAACUCGGCUCUCGAUCGUCACCGUCGAAGGUACAUGCAUGGAUGAAAACCCGUAUUAGUGUACGCAGGGCGCAUUCGCUCUCACACAGAAAGCCAUUGAUGGACAGCUGUACCAGAAUAUUACCUGCCAAUUAUGUAGAGAUGCAUUCGGAGACGACUAUCAACUUAUUACAUACAUCGUGACGCAUAGGGGUGUCCAGAGAUAAUAGUCUGACUAGGACGCAAGUUAACCAAAUCGCCCGCGGCUUUUGCGUACCAACGUCAAAGUGAAGCAGUGCGGGGAAGCAACGCUGAUAUUCUUUCAGAGGAUCCAGGAGCUAACUGAACGCAUCGUGUGUAUAAGCCAGCUGCUUUUGACGUCUAAGCGGCCUAGUAAAAUGAGCGAUGUGAACGAUGUCAUCUGGUUUCUCCAAACUAUGAGAAAAGACGUCGUCGCCAGAAAUAUUUGGAUUGCUUCAAUGUCGAUGUAUACGGCAGAUCCUAGCCAGCGCUUACUGUUUGCAUAACUGCAUUUGUUUUUCACGAACACAGCAUUAGCAAACUUAUUUCAAGACAGAUCCUUAUGGGCUGCAAGUUUGUGUUUUAUGUAAGUAGAAGGUUGAAAUACCUUCACAAUAUCCUUGACUCCCUGUUCUGUCAGUUUCUUUGCAGGUGUUUUGACAGCGUAGUAGUGAACAGGCUCUAAUGAUCCCUAUGCUUUAUGAUAUUCCAAUGUCGAUAGAAGGGAACAUCUCCUAUUGGAAAUCAUUUAAAAAUGAGGUACUCUUUUCUUCCCAACUAAAAUGUAAUCUGCGAUUAUUUAGGGUCCUUGCGCCUUGUUGCCUUCCAGAGACAAGUUUUAGGACUAUAUAUGGACACAUUCUACGCAUGAGAAACAUUUCAUUUAAAAUUUGUUGAAUGCAUUCACUGUUUUUGUUCCCUUUGGUUCCUGCAUUCAUACCAAAAAUCUUUGUUGUAUACCAUAAACUACGCUGAUGACAGUAAUCAGACUGCAUCAGAUCAAAAUAAUUUGGAGCUUCAAUAUAUCGUGUGUUCUCCAACUACGAAAAUUUUAGCUAUUUUAUUGUGGUGGCUUAGAGCUUCUAAAGCCAGUCUUUUAUCCACUUGGAAUCCGUCUGUUAAGACUCGCACUGUUCUCUAGUAACAGCUGUAGAAUCCUUUUAGCCUGAUGUGACAAACGCAUCUGUGCGAGCAAUGACAGGAUAUGCGAGAUGCAGUUUUUAGGUAUAUUGACACGCAUACUUGUAUAUCUUCUUCUUGGGAAAGCGUUUCGCAGGCGACAAAGCUUGUUACCACUGAACGCAUGAUGCGACUGCAUUAUCACAAGAUUCUCGAUGUUUUUCGUCGAUUAUACACUUUUCCUACGUUGUAGUCGAACCUUCUGUAAUCAGAUUGCACGCGCAACACGUAUGCAGUUCUGCAUUCUGGAAGGCAUGCAAGCACCAACAAUUACGCUGGAAUCUUCGAUGAAUCACGUACGAAUAUGCGACGCUCGUUAGCUGUAAAUCAAUUUUUGGACGAUCGACGCAUGUGCUCGGAUCUUUCUGUCCGAGUGUAACCUAUUUUGUGGGUUCGCGUUCGCCCAAUAAAGUGGUAGUUUCCUGUCUCA